AUGGUGAGGCUUAGGAGUAAUGGCGAUUCGGGUGCGAGGCUGGACGAACCAGGCUCAAGUGGAUUUCUCGGCGGAAUCCGGCAAUUUCCGCUCGCUGCUCAGCCGGAGAUUAUGAGAGCCGCUGAGAAAGACGAUCAGUACGCUUCUUUCAUCCACGAAGCCUGCCGCGACGCCUUCCGACACCUAUUCGGUACCCAAAUCUCCGAAAUUUCAUUUAUUUUAUCCAAACUUAUGCAUGGCCACUCAUCGGCUUCUGCUGCUAGGUACAAGAAUUGCUCUAGCUUACCAGAAAGAGCUUUUAUGACGUUUUGGGGGCAGAUGAAACUUCUUGGGCAAAUGCUUUACUUUGUUCUGACCACUGGUUCAGGGCAACAAACUUUAGGAGAGGAGUAUUGUGACAUUAUACAGGUUGCAGGACCUUAUGGGCUCUCUCCUACACCAGCUAGACGUGCUUUGUUCAUACUGUAUCAGACUGCAGUUCCAUAUAUCGCCGAGAGGAUUAGCUCAAGAGCUGCCUCGCAAGCGAUUACCUUUGAUGAGUCUCAGUCUGAUGAUAGUCAUAUCCAGUCACCAAGAAUGAUUGAUCUUUCGUCUUCAUCUCAAAUGGAGAAUUCAGCUUCUGUAUUAUCUAAGUUAAAAGAUAGACUUCAGAGACUGUGGCACCGAGUUCUUCGAAGAUGGCCUGUGGUUCUCCCUGUUGCCCGUGAAGUCUUACAACUGGUUCUCCGUGCCAAUUUGAUGCUCUUCUACUUUGAAGGUCUAUAUUAUCAUAUAGCGAAACGUGCCUCCGGGGUUCGUUAUGUAUUCAUAGGAAAGCAAUUGAAUCAGAGACCUAGCAGAUACCAAAUUCUCGGAGUGUUCCUUCUAAUCCAAUUGUGCAUCCUUGCUGCUGAAGGCUUGCGUCGGAGUAACUUGUCAUCUAUCACAAACUCAGUUCAGCAGGCGUCUAUAGGAUCUUAUCAAAGCUCAGGAGGGAGAGGGUUACCUGUUUUAAAUGAAGAGGGAAAUUUGAUAACUCCAGAAGCUGAAAAGGGAAACUGGUCUGCGUCCGAUGCAACUUCAACUACGGAGGCAGUAGGGAAAUGCACUCUCUGCUUAAGCAACCGUCAGCACCCGACGGCCACUCCCUGUGGUCAUGAGCUGCAUUAUGGAAUGGUGCAAUGA